AUGGUGCUACGCGCCAUCUACCUCAGCUGCACCUUGAGGGAGAAGCCCGACCUCGCGAAUGUACGAGCGGAUUGUCUAACCCAAAGCGAGAUCGCCCAGUCUGACAUUCCAUUUAAAGAUGACCAACCAAUGAUAUAUUACAAAAGACCGAAUCGCGCGAUGAUGCAAUUCUACUCUUUUGGCGAUGGCGAACUAGACAUUCUGCCUUCUCGGGAAACGCUAGAUAUCUUGGGCUCCAAAACGGAUCCCGCCCGAGCGACCCUUGAGCACGACUUCUCACGUCCUGCAUUCAACGCACAGCCUGCACUGGAUGCGACGGUGCUUAGCCAGUUGAACGUAGCACAAUUACUGGCCGACCUAGUUGAUCGAGCGAUUCAUACAACUGGACACGCCUCGGAGGACUUGCGGUCAGGAGCACAGCUCCUGCAUGAUCCCACUCCACGUAUUCCAACCCAAACGACAUCACGGCUGCCAAAAUGGCUCACCAGCUUGGCGCUACCAAUGCCUAUGGUCCUCAGAGACAUUUCCGCCACAGGCAGGCUUUUGAGGUCCAUCCACAGAAAUACUUAUACUGAUUAUCUCGUAGUGGAGCAGAUCAAUGUACGGACAGAACAGGCGUUGUUCGUCAUGACCCAAUCGACCACUUUCAUGCAAAGGGAUAGCUCACGGACAAUCGAGUUUAUCUCGCGAUAUGUCAAGUUCUACAAUUGUGUCUGGCUUGUCCUCAAUGACAUCAUUAUUGGCGUCGCCUUCGGGUCGUUCCUAUGCGAGAACCAAUUAUUGCUGUCCCGGAUCCUGGAUCAAUGCGUACAGCUGUACCUCGUCGAUUCCAUACAGCAUGCGCUUCUAUGGCUCGACAAUUGGCCUGCAGGACUCAAACUCAACACCGAGCUUAGCCAGUUCUACUGUCACACGCUCCUCGGCGUGGUUUCUAUCUGGGGUUAUGUCCUGCAAUGCGCCGCGCCGUACUUCCCUGCUUUCCUGUGGAUAGCGGGGACCAUGGGUGGAUGCGGCAUGACGAUGGUCGUCUCGUUGCUAUCAGACGCACUCGGCUUUCUGACGGCACAUCUCUAUGUCUGCUACCUGCUCACCACGACGGCGUUCAGCCAGCAGCUGAGCCUUGCAGGAUCUCUAUGGAAUCUGUUCCGCGGGAAGCGAUUCAACGUACUUCGGAAUCGGCUUGACUCGUGGGAUUACGACAUCGAUCAAUUGUUGCUGGGCACGAUUCUGUUCACGUUGGUCGCCUUCCUCUCUCCGACCGUGCUCACGUACUACGCGCUCUUCGCUGCAACUCACCUCAGCACAAUAACGCUCUGUGCUAUCCUCGACACGGUCAUUGCGUUGCUCAAUCACUUCCCGCUCUUUGCCUUGAUGCUUCGUAUCAAGGACCCGAUGCGUCUACCAGGCAAGCACUAUUCACGCAUGCGCAAAUAUCAGGAAGACUGA